CCACAGGUCCACAUCCUGUCUUCCAGCAGCAGAGAUCCCUUGGACCUGCAUCUCUUCUCACUCCAAACCCUCAGGCUCCUCCCCCUGCCUCUCCUCUACUCCAACCUCGCAUCCUCCUAAACCCUCAGAUGCAGACUCCGCACCCAGGAAUGGCCACCCAGACACAGACCCAAGGUCAGACCAUCAUCCCUCCAAACCAGAACACAUUAAAGAGGCCACUGCUCUUAGAGGAGCAGCCUCUGCUCCUACAGGACCUCCUGGACCAGGAGCGUCAGGAGCAGCAACAGCAGAAACAGAUGCAGGCACUGAUCCGACAGAGGUCCACUUCUGAGCCUCUUUUUCCCAACAUGGAGGAAUUUGAUUCCAUUUCCGACCCCAUCAUGAAGGCCAAAAUGGUCGCUCUGAAGGGAAUCAACAAAGUGAUGACUCAGGGUAACCUGGUCAUUAACAG